ACUUGAGAAUGCCACAUAUGGAGCAUAGGUCUACCUUCACCAUCUGCUUCUUUCUCUUCAUUCUCAUCCUUGCUCUUCCUAGUUUCUCAGAAGGGGAAUCUAAAGCAUUGGAUUCAGAGAUUUAUGAGAUUGAUUAUAGAGGUCCCGAGACCCACUCGUCGGUGGUUCCUCCUCCGCAUCACUUCCGUGGUAAGGCUUAUUCAACUCGUCAAAAAGGUUCAGUCACAGAAGCCAAAACUUUGGGCUCAAGGAGUACUACUUACCCAGAAAAUAAGGUUAAGAAAGUACAUGGAGGAGGACUUUAGAAAUUAAAAGGACUAUGACUUGGAUUCGUGCUCUCACACUGAAUAACUUUUGUUAGAGAAUGUAAUGAUUGGAAUGGC